GCUACUCGUCAACGCAUUAAAGUCAUCGGCGAUCUCUUUUUGUCAUCGCCGCAGUUGAAGCUCUCUUUCUCUCUACCUCCGGCGAUCAUGAUCUACGUCGACGGAGUGCUCUUUCCAUAUGAAAACAGCUCAUCUUCUCUCUCUUCUUCAUCGCAGGGAAGCAGCUUGCUUCUCGAUGUAAUGACACAUUCUGUCAUAAUCUCAGCUUCUGACUCAUUCAAGAAUCUCGAGGAACAGAGAGUCACAGAGAGCUCAACGAAAGACAGAUACGUUUACAUAUUCCAAAGAGAAUAUGCUGUUGUGAAUCCAGCGCUUGUUGAUUUUGUUGGCAUGGAUGAAGCAACAACUUGUGUAGGUCUUGUUAUCCGUAACAGAAAAUCUGGAGUCACUUCUAUUGCGCAUAUGGAUUCACCAGAAGUUGUGGACUUGGGGAUAAGCCAGAUGUUAUCAGUGGUUAUGGAGGAUGACAGUGACGCGGCUGAGUUAGAUGUACAUAUGGUUGGUGGUUAUGAAGAUGUGGAUUUAAAAAAUGCUACUGGUGGAGAUGACUAUGCCAAACCAGAGGGUUAUUCAUUUCCUUUGUGUUGCAAAUUAGUAGAAAGUCUACAGAAGAGAAGAGAAAAAUUUCACAUUCAAACCUUAUUUAUUCUUGGGCACAACACCAAGCUGGAUGCUCAAGGGAACACGUGCCCCAAUUUUAAUGGAUUCCUGGUGAAUACCUCCACCGGGACAAUUGUCCCAGCCAGUUUCAACAGAUCUUCUAGAUGUCCGGAUGAGCUUGUUCGUAGAAUAAGAGUGUCGGCAUCAUUCGAUGAUCCUAGCUGGAAGGGGAAGUUACUUGACACAUAUGACACAAAAACUGAUAGAUUCAUCAUCGCACCAUGCUCCUGGACAAUGCGGCUGGUUGAAUACGUUUGGGAGCUGAAUCAGCUUCCUGAUGAAGAGAUUCUUGUCAACUGCUCCACUUCACCUUCUGCUGAAGGUCCAGAUUUCAUAGACAAUGAAAGAAGGAUUUGGAAGUAUUUACUAAAAUAUCCAGAAUGGAGCAAAACCUUCCCAAAGAGACAACCACGUGUGUUUGAAAGGACUGCCAAUGGAAGCUGGAACUUCGUGUUUUGAUUCUUGAACACAAGAAUGUAAAAAUAAAUGCCACUUAAGCGAUAUAAUAUUGUGUUAAAACGUGGGCUUGAUCCGGCCUAGUAGGCCUAUAUGUUGAGGCCCAUAGAUUCAAGUCAUUCCACUUGCAGAUCGGAACCUUCCACCCGACCCGAAUAUUAUUUGCAAGAAAAAUUCUUAAAAUGAUUCGAUCCGAUUUUAGUUCGGAUUUUUUGGUUCUAUAAAAAUAAAUCCAAUGUAUUUCUUUCA